AUGGCAUCCAGCCAAGAAACAGUUGAGGGCAAAGCUGUGGGCUACAGUACGCCAACAACUAUAAAUCAACCAACAAGAUCCGCUAAAGCCAUGGGGCAAAAACGUGGUAAUAAAGGUCCCUCGAGGUAUAAACUUUACCAGAGGUCUUUCGCUAUCCUUGGCAGGAUUCGAAAAAACGAGACCGAAAGUAAAGUUCAUCCCAAAGAUGAGACCGACAAGGCAAGAUGUCAAAAGGUGGUUGAUGAAUACUUGGCAUUCCAAGCCGCCAACAGGACAGAUGGGAAGGUCGAAACUGGGAAGGUAACAAAGAAGCACAAGAUAUCGGAUCAGGAUGCAGUUGCCCCCAAACCUAUCAAGCGAUUUUGUGAGGUGGCACGGGACCAUCUCCAAAUGGCAUUGGUAGACGAAAUCUCUAACCGCGGAAAACCAGUGCUUGACAAAUGGUCAGAGAUUGAGGCACGGUUGUCUCGCAUAGUCGUUGACCAUGUCAUGGCAAACCCGGAGGGCCAAACACCAGGUUUCGACUCGGUGGAGGUAGUCCGCGGUUACCGUGUCAUUAAAUGCGAUGACCAAUUCUCAUUGCAUUUUCUGACAGACGUGAUUGGUAAAAUCCACCGACGUGAAAGCACCGACGUGAAAGGGUUCAAUGGGAAAACGUACAAUAUCUACUAA